AUGCUCAUAUUGUUAGCUUUAGUGGUCUUUUACACUGUGAUCUUGAUUAUGGAUAUUGUCAAUGAUGUGCCUGUUUUGAAAUCUACUCUUGAUUCUGUCAAUUAUAUCCCUGCUCCUGAUAUUUAUGUUGCAACGACUGUCAAUUUUGCUAUUUGGUGUGCCUUCCAUUAUAAUGACGGAACAAUCGAAGCCGCAAAAACGGGAACAUGUAAUCAAUAUCUGACGCAACCACAAUGGGUUUCACCAAUGCGAUCGUUCGCUGGAUACUUUACAGCCAUGAACAAUUUAUCGAUCGCCGAUUAUAAUGCGAAUGCAACGGGACUAUAUGGCAUCAACUUUUAUAUUGUUGUGUCGGAUCCGCAGAUACAGAAAAAUAUAUCAGCUUUAACAAUGACAUUUACUGCUUUUGACCCAGAAUUGGAUCCCUAUCGCGGUGGCAUUGACAAUUCAAAGAAAAUUGAAUACAACGAUCCUAGUUUCUUAUCCGCGAUUACUGGAAUGAAUGCAUACCCGAUGACUAAUGCACAAUGGAGCAUGUUUUCAUAUAGCAGAAAUAUUCGUGAAACAAUGAAACUGAGUCAAUGGAAUUCAAUCGGGUUCCCGGCAAAGUACAUUCAGCAACCUUAUUUGACUUCGUCUUUCGUUGCAACUGGUGUGGCUGGAGCAGGUAUUGAUGUCAGUCAAGCAUUUUCAGGUGUGGCUGUACGUCCUCAAAGUUUUAUCGUGCGAACGGAAACGGAAUUUAGAAAUCAUACGGUUUUUGGUUCACUCGCAUUGUUAGGAAGUGACCAACUACGUCCAUGGGGAUUAGUUCAAAACUGUUGUUGUUGUCUAUCACGUAAAAUAAAAAGACAACUGCGAGAAUCACUGGACGUUGUCCCACUAAUCGGAAUGUCAGAAAGCCAUCAUCUUCAAAGCUCCAAACCACAUGAUGAUCCGGUAGUCGAAGACCUAUCCUUCCGAAUCGAGGAACUAGAGAAGCAGAAUCACGCGCUAGAAUUUAUUCUACGAGAUGCGGCAUUUGCUUAUUCAAAUGUUACAAUUGCGGAUGGAGCAGCAAUGCAAGCUGCCGCAAGAACAAUUUUCACUACACCUCCACAGGUUGAAGAAGAUACAGAAAUACAUGUAAUUGGAUCUACAUCAACUUCACAACCUGCGCAGAUUCAAUAUACGAUGACUCCUCCUUUGGCUGGUACUUCAUCCUCAGGAGUGCCAUUACAAAGACCGAUGUUCUUAAAUGCUACUCAUGCUAUUACAAAUGGCGAACCGCAAGAGAUACAAGAGGACGAGUGUUACGAAAAUGCUCGUGAAGAGAAUAUAAUGACAGAUCACAACCUUUUUUAA